AUGCUUCUCAAAGCCUGCCUGUCGAUAACACAAGGAACAGCCGCUGCAAAGGAAUACUGGCGGUACCUUACGAAAGGAGAUGACUCGCAUAAGGUCGUACCUGACGCGGUUAGCUAUCACGCAUACCUACGCAUUCUACGUGCUGCGCGGGCUAGUCGUGAAACCGUGGAAGUGGUACGCGAUAUGACUCGGGACCCCAACGGACCUACCGAAGGAAAGACCUUCCGCAUAUCCAUGGCCUCAUGUACUCGGGACCGCAGAAACCCCAAUGUGUUCAGACACGCCAACGAGCUUCUGGAUCUCAUGGCCAACGGCAUCGUGCUUCCCGAUGCUCGAUCCAUAACUCAAUAUCUCGACUUGGUCCAUUCGCUGGAGGAUAGUCCAGAUCUACUGAUGUCCCUCGCUGGCCUUGAGUCGGGAGCAGACGCCAAAUCAAACAAUCUCAGCGCCCUAGGCGUGAAACUGAAGGCCAGCCUAAUCACAUCCGCCGCAGAACGGCUCUGUACCCUGAUUCGGGACCUCGAUGAAGCCGUGUCCAGUGAACUAUUGGGGCAGAAGUCUCGACAAUCCUACCUGGCCCGGGUGGCCAAGACCAAUCCGGCGGCUGUGAUUAGAGGAGAAGAUGCCCUCAAGGCACUUACUAUGACACGAAGAUUAUUUGACUCGGUCAAAGAAUUCAAGCAACAUGUUCCCCAGGAGACCUUCAAAGAGGUCCAGCGCCACGCCGAGCUUCUGAAGAAAUACUCCGACAAGAGCAUUAUCACGAAGUUCCGGAAAACCUUGGUCGGAGCGACCGAGGAGCAAAUGAACAGAUUCGCAGAGCGAGAAUUACCCAGCCCAUGA